CAUAUUUGUCAGUUAUCAGCAGGAAUCGUGUUGCCUCGAGUUAAGACAUUUUCACCCCGAGCUCUCUGCAAAGGAACAAGAGUGUUAGUCCUGGCUGGACUCCAGGGGAUCAUAACAUCACAGCUCACCUUGAUGAAUAUACUGAAGUAUUCAAGAUGGGUAGCAACAGCACCAGUAAUGAUGAGACUGGCUGCAAUUUACCUAAUGUGACAUUUCAGUACUCCUUGUAUGCAACCACCUAUAUCCUCAUAUUCAUCCCUGGUCUUCUGGCGAACACUGCAGCCUUGUGGGUUCUCUGCCGCUUCAUUAGCAAGAAAAAUAAAGCCAUCAUUUUCAUGAUCAAUCUCUCUGUGGCUGACCUCGCUCAUGUGCUGUCUUUACCCCUCCGGAUUUACUAUUACAUCAGCCACCACUGGCCUUUUCAGAGAGCCCUUUGCCUACUGUGCUUCUACCUGAAGUAUUUCAACAUGUAUGCCAGUAUUUGCUUCCUGACGUGCAUCAGCCUUCAGAGAUGCUUCUUUCUCCUCAAGCCUUUUAGGGCCAGAAACUGGAAAUGUAGGUACGAUGUGGGCAUCAGUGCUGCCAUCUGGGUCAUUGUGGGAACUGCCUGUUUGCCAUUUCCCAUCCUGAGAAGCACGGACUUAGCGAACAAAACAGAGUCUUGCUUUGCUGAUCUUGGAUACAAGCAAAUGAACGCAGUGGCUUUGGUCGGAAUGAUCACAAUUGCCGAAUUGGCAGGAUUUGUGAUCCCAGUGGUUGUCAUUGCAUGGUGUACCUGGAAAACCACCGUAUCCUUGAGACAGCCACCACUGGCUUUCCAAGGGAUCAGUGAAAGGCAGAAAGCACUACGGAUGGUUUUCAUGUGUGCUGCAGUUUUCUUCAUCUGCUUCACUCCCUAUCAUAUUAACUUUAUUUUUUAUACCAUGGUAAAGGAAACGAUCAUUAACAGUUGUCCCAUUGUCCAAAGCACACUGUAUUUCCACCCAUUUUGUCUGUGCCUUGCAAGUCUCUGCUGCCUUUUGGAUCCAAUUCUCUAUUACUUCAUGGCUUCAGAAUUUCGUGACCAACUUUCCCGCCAUGGCAGCUCUGUUACCCGUUCCCGCCUCAUGAGCAGGGAGAGUGGUUCAUCAAUGAUUAGCUAAAAAUAAAAUAACU